UUAAUUGGGCCAAGGGAUUAUUCAGUAGCGGGUAGCCCAAGCCCCAACAUAGCUUGAUUUCCUCCAAACCUAAUAGCCCAAGCCCCACUGUGCCGCUGCUGCUUCCCGCUGCGCCGCUGCUGCCACUCGCCUCUCGUCCCAUCCUCCAGGAAACUGAUUUACUUUGGAAUUAAUGGAGGCCAAAUUUUUCCGCUUUCUUAAGAUUGUGGGUGUUGGAUACAAAGCUAGAGCCGAAUCUGCAGGGCGUCUAUUGUAUCUCAAAUUGGGUUACAGUCAUGAGGUGGAAUUAUCAGCGCCUCCUGCUGUCCGUGUUUUCUGCUUCAAAAACAACGUAAUUUGUUGCACUGGAAUAGACAAGCAAAGGGUACAUCAGUUUGCUGCUACUGUUCGCAAUUGUAAGCCACCCGAAGUUUACAAAGGCAAGGGCAUAAUGUAUACUGACGAAGUUAUUAAGAAAAAACAAGGAAAGAAGUCUAAAUGAUCCUAUAAUCUCAGCCGGUUUCUUCAUGUCUAUGGCUCAGGUGUACAUUGGCUAAACUCUGCAGAAUUGUUUCCUCUAGUCUUUGAACAAUUUACCCAUUAGAAUUCUUAAACAGAGCAUUUUUUUUUGUUUCACUAUGAUUGAUAUGUAACACUAAAAUUUAUCUUUGUUUAGAUAUUUUAUCUUUCUAAUAAUACCAAAAUAUCAUGAAUUUGAAUA